UAGACAAAAUGGAUCUCACAGAACAGCAGUACAUAAUCGAAGGUGUAAUAUACAAUAUUACGACAACAUCCGAGAUGCAUAAAAGAAUACGAAAUGAUCAUGAUUUUGCAUUACAAUAUGUACGUGAUAAUAUACAUACCUCAUCCCAUUCAUCCCAAUUGGAAUUCCAGUCUGAAUCUGCCAUAGAAAAUAAUUCCAAUAUUGAAAAUAUUCCAACUUCUGAGAGUGAUGCAAAUAAUGCUACAAUGGAACAUUCAGGUACAUGGCAAAAUUCAGCUAUUAAGCUUAUUUUCUGUCUAUACAAGGAUCAUCUUACUUUAUUCAAGAAUGACAAAAUAAGAAAUGAAAUUGUAUGGAGAAAAAUUGGCGAUGGCUUAAAAGAAAAAGGUUACUCGUAUACUAUAAAACAAAUCGAAAAUAAGUGGAAAAAUUAAAAAAAAAAAUUAUAUUAAAGUAAAAGAUCACAAUUCCAAGUCCGGAGCAUCACUUAAAAAAUGCAAGUACUAUGAUGACAUGGAAGAGAUAUAUGUGGAAAAUCUCAUAGUGUGCAGCCUGUGGCCAUUGCAUCAAAUCUUUCACAGAAGGUUUUAUCUCCUUCAACUGUUGAAGAGCAAAACUCUGAUGAAGACAGUAACGUAGUAGUUCCACCUCCUAAAAAGAGUAAAAUAGAAAAACAAUUACUGUGUUGACAGAAUAUAUGAAAAAAAAUGAAAAAGAAAAGGAAAGAAGACACAGAGAAAGAUUGGAAUCUCAAAAGGAAGCUGUAGAAACUUACAAACAAUUAAUGAGCAAGUUAU